GUCUCUUCUGAUUUUCCUCUCGAAAGCAUCAAUGGAGUUUCGACAAUCAAUCAAAAACCAAACCGGCUUCUCAAUCACAUUCGCAACCCACCUUCUCUCCAAAAAAUUUCAAAACUCCAACGUUGUUUUCUCUCCCCUUUCCAUGCAUGUCAUCCUAAGCUUACUAGCCGCCGGUUCCGAAGGCCGAACCCUCGACCAACUACUCGCUUUCCUCAAAGCAGGUACCACCAAUGACCUCAACUCUCUUUACUCGCAGCUUGUGCCCUUGAUCUUCCCUGGCGGCAGCCCACGUGGCGGACCUCGAUUGUUGUUUGCAAACGGGGUUUGGGUUGAGAAAACACUUUCUCUCAAACCUUCUUUUAAGAACAUCGUGGACACCGUUUAUAAAGCAUCUUGCAAUCAGGUCGAUUUCCGGUCCAAGGCGGUUGAUCAGGUAGCCAGUGAAAUAAACUUAUGGACCAAGAAGCAAACGAAUGGCCUUAUCAAAAAGCUUGUUUCUGUUAAAGAAAUUGACAAAUUCACCAUGCUCAUCAUUGCUAAUGUAGUCUACUUUAAGGGAGCAUGGAAUCAGAAGUUUGACAGAUCAGACACAAAAGAUUCCGACUUUCACCUCCUCGAUGGCCGCAAAGUUAGAGUUCCAUUCAUGACCAGCAAGAAAAAACAAUUUGUGCGUCAACAUAUUGGUUUCAAAGUGUUGGGUCUUCCAUACUCCAGAGGCCAAGAUAAACGUCAGUUCACAAUGUACUUUUUUCUCCCAGAUGCAAAAGACGGGUUGCAAUCUUUAAUAGGGAGAAUAGAUUCGACAAAUGAUUUUUUUUACCGUCACAUUCCACACAAAAAAGUAGAAGUCGGAAAGUUUUUAAUACCAAAAUUUAAGAUCACAUUCGACUUUGAAGCUUCCCAAAUGUUGAAAGAAUUAGGGCUUGUAUUGCCUUUCGAAAAUUUGCCUUUCAAAGAUGGAGACGGUUUUCCUGAAAUGGUAGACUCGUCUCUUGGUAAAAAACUUUAUGUUUCGAGCAUUCAUCAUAAAUCUUUCCUGGAGAUGAAUGAAUACGGUACAGAAGCUGGAGCGGUAUCUAGAAAAAAAAUGGGGCUUUUAAGUAGCCGCUAUAUGCCCAAGGUGGAUUUUGUGGCGGAUCACCCGUUUUUGUUUGUGAUUAGAGAAGAUGUGACUGGAGUAUUGUUGUUUAUAGGACAGGUGAUUAACCCUAGUAUUGGUUGAAAAGGCAGUUAAAAUCUCUAGUUUAUUUAAGGUUAAACCAUAUUUAUUUUUAUUUUAUUA